AUGGCCGCAAGCCACUGCGGGUCGCGGAGAGCAGCCCGGGCAGAGCCGGGCAGGGGCGAUGGCGUGGAUGCUGAAGGCGCGGAAGUUGACGCGGUGCAGACGUACUCGUCCGAGGGGUACCGCGUGCUCGGGACGCGAAUCCCUGCACGGGCGCGCGUGAGGGGCCCCGUGGCCGGUGGCGGAGGAGGCAGCGGCGGAGCCGGAGGCGAGGCGUCGCACGAGGCGUCACCCGGCGAGGACGGCCGAGGCUUCGAGGGCGACGCAAGCGGCGUCGAGGCGGGUGAACCCGGCAAAGGGGCGUCGCCCGGUGAAGACGGCGCGGCGCCCGAGCUGAGGCUCGAGGGCGACGCAGGCGGCGUCGGCGCAGGUGUCGGUGCGGGUGUCGGCGUGGGGUCACCCGAGACAUGGCUCGAGGGUGACCCAGAGGGUGGCGAGGCAGCGCCUGAGACAGAGUUCAAGGGCGCGGCGGAGAACGUCGAGGCAGUGCCCGAGUCCGAGCUCGAGGGCACCGCAGCCGGCAGACCUGCAGGGGGUCGACGCCGGGGACUAUCAGUAGUCGAAGGAUACACAUCCGGAUAUCCGGAUAUGUAUCUCAACAGAUAUGAAUACUGUUGCACGUGUCGGCGUACAAAGGACGUGAACUGA